AUCACGGUCAGGACGAUGUCGCGACUCCUUUAAAUAGCGGGCCGGCUCACGACCACUUUAUCAGUUGCACGGUAUCCUUCCUUCCAAGAACAGAAUCAUCUCAUUUGCUCGAGUCUUUGACUUGAUUUUUUAAAAAUCUUCAACAUGAAAUUCCUUUUGGUCCUCGCUGCCAUCGUGGCCUGUGCUGCUGCUCAAGGGUACGGAGUUCCUUCCCUCCCUUCCUUCAAUAAUGGUGGAUCUUCUUCUUCCGGAGGUGAUAGUUCCCAAUACGGUGCCCCCGCUCACCAGGCCCAAACUUUCCGUCACGUGUACGUUCACACCGCCCCCGAUGAGCCAGAAGAUCGUCAAGCACGAACCAUCCGAGUUCCCGGAGGAGACAAACACGUCAACAUCAUCUUCGUCAAGACCCCAUCCUCCUCUUCCUCCCAACAAACCGAAGUCAUCCUCCCAGAACAAGACGAGCACAAGAACUUGGUCUACGUCCUCCUCAAGAAGGGCGACAACACCGCUGACAUCAAGGUCCGACGACCACAAGCCAAGACUCCACAAAAGCCAGAGGUUUACUUUAUCCGAUAUGGAGCUCAACAAAGCCAAGGAUAUCAAGGUGGUGCCUCUUCUGGAUCAUCUUCCGGCUCAUCCUCAGGAUUCGUCGCUGCCCCACAACCCGUCCGAACCCCAAGCAGCCAAUACGGAUUUUAAGUCAUCCCUUCUGCCACUUCUUGCCCUAUUUUUCUACUCUUUUUCCACUAUUCUUGGUCCGUCAAAAAAAAAUCAGCAAAGUUUAAUCGUCUUAUUCGUCUUCAACUGUGUGUCGCCUCCCACCUGUGAGCUUAUCAGAGUCGUCUUUACAAAAUGUUGUCUGUUCUUAUACUCACUCUAGUCUUGCCAACGGUCUGUGGUCCAUUUUAUAUUCUCCUUUUUGUCGGAGGAACGAGCUUUACUUUUCUUCAAUAAUUUAUAAUAACCUUCCAAAAAAGAGCGUCUCUUUCUAUCUUUUUGCUCUUUACAGAUAUUUUGAAAAGUCGAGUUCUUUCGGGAACACGAGAAUUAUUAUGUGAUUGAGAUUUUUCGGUUAUUUUUUUACGUUUUUAUUAUUUAUGACUUAUUACUCUGAAACAAAAGAGUGCAAAACAAUAAAUCUUUCUUAAGCAAAAAAAUCAUAA